AAAUACAAAGAAAACAAAAUUGUUACACCCUUGUAUAUGUACGUACUCGUAUUCUCACUCUGAAUCGGGGGAGUUGUGUAGGACUUUAUUAAUUUAUGUAUAGUGUCAAACUUGAAGAAAAUUUGUUUUCCACUUCCAGUGACACUUUGUGUAGCAGCUAACGUUAGUGGGUACGGAAAGGGGAAGAGCUCAGCCGCAGGAACCAGUUGCGCACAAUGGCAAACACAAAAUAUGGAAUCUAUGGAGAUUUGGACAAAUACAAGGAUGUGGAUGAAGAUGAAAUCUUGAAGUCUUUGACUGCGGAGGAACUUGAACAGUUAGCUGAUUCAUUGGAUCCUGAUAAUGAGUCCUUACCUGCUUCUGAAAGGCAAAAAGACCAGACAAGGAAAAGCCCUACAGGCACUUUUGAUAGACAACAUCUCAUUGAGUUCCUAGAGAAGAAAGCUAAAGAAGAAAAAGACUGGGAAGACAAGGUUCCGUAUAAAGCUGGAGAAAAAAGAGGUAAAAUAUAUGAAACCAAGAAAGCAGAGCUGAUGAAGAAAACAGAAGAAAAUGUGAAGCUAGAUCCUGAAUGGGAACAUGCUCUAGAAGAGGCUACAGAAGAAGACUUGGUGAAUCUUGCAGGAAUUCUCGGUCUUCAUGGUAUGCUGAAUCAAGAACAGUUUGAAGCCUCACAAAGAAAUGAGAGACUUGUGGAUAACCAGGGCAGAUUUCAAGGUAUCGCCAAGUUUAGUAUUCCUAAACCAGUACAUGGAAAUGAGAAAAAUAACACAGAUGUUGAAGAAUCCCUUAAACUUCUGAAGAGUAAUGACGCCUCUCUGAAGACGCUCAAUCUCAACAACAUCAUUAACAUGUCUAUUGAACAAAUGAAGAACAUCUGUUCAGCUCUUGGAUCCAACACACAGCUUAAGGAGUUAUUCAUGGCAAACACACGUCUUACUGACCCAGUUGCAAAGAUACUAGCAGAAUCCAUCAGGCAGAACAACGUGUUGACUUCCCUAAAUGUGGAAUCCAACUUCAUCACCCAAGUUGGUGUCAAUUCAAUAAUGCAAGCAAUGAGGAAGAAUUCUUCUAUUACUGAACUCAGGAUCGCAAACCAGAAUUGCCAGAUGGGCCAGAAGCUGGAAUGUGAAAUUGCCAAUAUCCUGGAAUCUAAUUCUACUCUUCUCAAGCUUGGAUUUGCUUUUGAGCAUGCUGGACCACGGGUACAAGCACAUGAUGCCAUUCUGAGGAAUAUUGAAACAGUACGAAAAGGUCGUGUUGACAACAGCAAGUGAAACGACUACUGCAUUCAUCUCAUUCACCAUGAGGAAGAAGCACUGAGUGAUGGUCAAGACAACUUGUCAUGGUUUGUUGUAAUUCACUGUAGAGCUAGAUUAAACCGAAAGAAAAUGUGCUUGUAACUUGCAUUUGGUAUUAAAGUAUUCCUCAAUUUGAAAGGACUGUUUCUCAUAUUACAUUCGUCAGUGCUCUAUCUUUAAGACCUGUUCUGAACACUGUGCUACUGCCUUUCUGAACUCAAUUAAUUCAACUUUUUAAAAUUUGGUACGGCAACAGCACAGCAUUUAGAACCUUGUGGCUGGGCAGAUUGAGUUUGGCACAGUAAAAAAAAGAAGAGUUGAUUGGAAGUAUGGGUUGUUUAAUAGAUUGUUUUCAUUAACUGGAUGCAGUGACUAUGAAUUUACUAAUUCUGUGUAGGUAUUUUGGGUGUAUUUCAUGUGUACUGCAUGUAAAUGUACAUGUACACAGAACUUUGGGUGAUACUGCUUUUUUGUCUUAAAACAUUCUGUUUAUGUCUGUCAAAUGGCAUGUAGUUAUCCUGUAAAAGCAGGGAUUGCAUUUUUUUCAUAGUAAAUUCCAUAGAAAUGAGAUCAUUUCAACAAAGCUCCAUUGUCCACCACAUAGAGCAUUGACAAUCCACAUCAAUUUGAAAAUUCAUUUGUCUGACUGUUUUGUGUUACUCGUUUGCGCGACUUUCACUGAGAAAAAUUAAAGGUUUUCUUUUUGCAAUAAGCAGCUCAUCAACUGUUUGCUUUAAAGAGUAUCACCAAACCAUGUGAUAUCAAUAAAAGUGAUCAUUUAGUAAGGGAAUAAAUAUGUGUUUGGCCGGUUGUAAACAAGUACGUUUCAGCCUGGACACAAAUAUCAUUAUCGGCGACCCUAGCUGGUUUUAAACGUACUUUUUUAAUAUCGGCCAAGCUUAUAUUUAUUCUCAUUCAUCAAUAGCUUUCGGUCAAAAAGUCAAAACAAGACAAAAAUGAUAAAUUUCCAACAAUUUGCUUCAUGUUUUGUGAAACACUCCUCUAGUUAUGUUUAAGGCAUGUGCCUCACACGAGUAUUUAUAAAUAAAUCUGAUAUGGAGAUUGGAGUGCAUGUAGCCGAUACUGUGGUGUGUGGUGCAGAAUGGUGGGCGGGCCGUCAUUAUGGGGAGGUUUUUUAUUGUUGGGGAAAUUAGGACCGAGUAUGUGGGUUGUCUGCUGUCCUCAUAGUGUCUUCGGUCCCCAGAAUACCAUGGGACAACACGUGUAUAGUCCCCCAGUUACGAAACAAGAAUGUAUGUAUAUGUAGUGUGAAUUUAGGACUCUAUGAAAUACAGACUUAUUGGUGGUAUUGUGCAUGCCUAAGUGAAGAUAAUUAGGAAAGUAACUGGUCACAUGCGAGGGUACAACCAAUGUCAUUGGAGUCCAAAUUUCAUGUGACACCAGAAAAAGUGUUUAAAACCAGUCAUUGUUUUAUCAACUGUUUAAAACAACCCACAUGAAGACCUCUUGACCAAUAAGAAUGGGUAAACUGCCUUAGGUAUUUAUGAAUAUUUGAUAAUUCACGUAUUGAAUAUAAAUUUUCAAAAGAAAUUUAAGGCACAAUCUAAAAUGGUACAAAUAACGGGGGUGUGAAAUCUCAGCUUUUUAGCUGAUUUCAGCUUUUUUUGUUUUGGAUUUCAGCUUUUUCCCCUCACUUGCUGUGUACAAAAGUAAAGGAGAUUUCCAAAAUUCAGCUUUUUUACACCUUGUUCAGCUGUUUUCAGUUAUUUUUAUCAGUGGUCACUCACACCCCUGAAAUAAGUAUUAGAAUAAGAAACAUGUUAUAUGUGUAUAUAUACAUCUUUUUCUUUUUUUAAAUAAUUUUGUUAUAAGCCAUCAUUUGACAUAGGAAUUUUCAGAAUUCAAAACACAUGUGUAUGUCUUGUAAUUGAGAAUGUUUCACAUUAACGUAUUUACAACCUAAAACUUGUAUUCAUAUUUUCUGUGUUUUUGACUUUUCCACUAUGAUAAGCUCACUCUAAUUUUGUUUUGAAUCGGUUUCUAAAAUUGUAAUGUUAUACUAAAUAAUAAUUAUCAAAUGAGAUAAUUUUUUUUUAACCUAAUGGUAUAGAAAUGGUUCCUGAGGUGAGUGGCGGAGGGAGUAGUUGGCCACGAACCAUGCUAAACAGUUAUAUUGUUGGACCUAUCAAAUUUGGGGGAAACAACUUUCAAAUUUACCUGCAUCAUAUACCAACUCAAUUUGAAAAUGAAUAGUUACCAGUCAGUAAUUAAAGAUUCAUUUGCUCACAAUAUUUAAAUAUUUUAUCAUUUUGCAAUUAAUGACACAACAUCAGACAUGGCAUUGGGCAACAAUUAUAGUUUUUGCCUUAGUUGAGAGAAUUCUCAUAACAACAUAAAAAAAGAGGGACUAUUUCAAGUCGGUUGCGGUCUACCUCAAUAAAUGCUGAUGGAUUUUCUCUGUAGGCCUAUUGUGAGCCACA